GUGUGUGGGUGUCAUUGGUAUGUGGACAGGCAGCCUCCUGCUGCUGCCUUGCCCAGCUGGAGCUGUGACCUCAGCUUCCUGAGGUCCAUAGAGGUGGGUGGGAGGGGAUGCUGCUUCCUAGCCUCCAACCCUGGGGCCUCCCUGGGGCCGGGGAAUGAGACUGGGAGACCCAGGAGUCUUGGCUUUUUACCUUGAGGUGACAGCACGUGGAGCAGCAGCAGGAGAUGCUGGGCCACAAAUGGGGCCGGUCUUUCCUGAUUGUGUUGACUUAGUUUCCCUGAAGAGAUGCAGCUUGAGGGAGAUUCUGGGUGACCUAGUUUCUCGGGGGCAGGGAUAGGAGCAAGACCUGGACCGUGGGCAUGUCUGGUCCUCUUUCCCAGUCCUGAUGUAGCUCUUGAGCUGGCAGGGCCUUCUGAGUCCCUGUUCUAACAGGCUUGGGGGCACCAGAGCAGUCUCAAGGUGGAUCCCCUGCCGCCUUGCCCUGCGGGGGGUGGGGUGGUCUCUGUGGGAAUGGGAGCUAGGAGUUACAGUGUCCAAUUCGUGGAGGGGGCGGGACCCAGUGCAGUCCCGGCCCCUCCCUGGACCAGGGUUUCAAAUACUCACGGAGCUGGGGCGCCAGAGCUGCUGCUAGACCAAGCCCUUGCAGUCUGUCCUGUGCUGCAGACACACCCCCAGCUGGGACCUCUGACUUCUACUGGGACCCAGAUUCUAAGCCUCUGACACAGCCAAUCCACAUCCCUCAGGGGCUGCAGGAGACGCGGCGCUGCGCAUCGGAGCUUUCAACAUCCGGAGCUUCGGCGACAGCAAAGUGUCUGACCCGGCCUGCAGCGGCAUCAUCGCGCAAGUGAGGCUGGGGACCCUGGGCGGGGUUGCAGCUGGGCUCCGCGGGCUAAUUUGCCGCGCACACGUGACCCCGCACCUGCCGGCCCCUCCCCCAGAUCCUGGCUGGCUAUGACAUCACGCUGGUGCAGGAGGUGCGGGACUCCGACCUGAGCGCCGUAUCCGCGCUCAUGGAGCUGAUCAACAGGUAUGGCGGGCAGGGCCCAACGUGGGCCCAGGUCUCCGAGCGAUGCCUUGACCCCGGGCUUGGCCGGUGUCUCCGCAGCGUGUCCAGGCACGAGUACAGCUUCGUGAGCAGUAAGCCCCUGGGUCGGGACCAGUAUAAGGAAACGUACCUGUUCGUCUACAGGAAGGACACGGUGUCGGUCGUGGACACGUACCAGUACCUGGACCCGGAGGACGCCUUCAGUCGUGAACCUUUCGUGGUCAAGUUCUCGGCACCCGGGUCAGCUGCCGAGGAGUUAGUGUUGAUUCCGCUGCACGCGGCGCCGCACCAAGCUGUAGCCGAGAUCGACGCGCUCUACGAUGUGUACCUGGACGUGAUAGACAAGUGGGGCACCUACGACAUGCUGUUUCUGGGCGACUUUAACGCCGACUGCAGCUACGUGCAGGCUCAGGACUGGCCGGCCAUCCGCCUGCGCAGCAGCGAGGUCUUCAAGUGGCUCAUCCCGGACAGCGCCGACACCACGGUGGGCAACUCAGACUGUGCUUACGACCGCAUCGUGGUCUGUGGUGCCCGCCUGCGCAGCAGUCUGAAGCCCCAGUCGGCCGCCGUAUACGACUUCCAGGAGGAAUUUGGCCUGUACCAGGUUCAGGCGAGUGCUGGGCCCAGUAGGAGCAAGGCCCAACCUCAGUACACCUGGCACUCCCCUCCCCGCACUGUUUCUAGAAAAGGCCCGUAGAGGUUCAGUUCUGGCUGAAUGGAACAAAUCUGGGAUGGCAGUACAGGAAGCUCUUUACCUCCCCAGAGUGGGGUCCCGAGGCCAUGCUCCCACCGAACCCGCACAGCUGGGAUGGAUAGCCCAGGCCUCGCUGGUCUGUUCCCCCACCCCCAGAUGCAGUGGUUUGUGGACACCCGGUGGGCCCCUUCCUGGGGGGAGAUGGGGCAGUUUUCUGGGGUGGAGCCUGAGGGAGGACUGGCUGCUCAGCAGGGCCUCAGAGUUGGCCCCUUCUCCCUUCAGGCCCUAGCCAUCAGUGACCAUUUUCCUGUGGAGGUGACCCUCAAGUCCUACUGACAGCCCUGAAGCCUGGCCAGGGCAGGCUGCCUGCAGACUCUGGCCACAAGGAGGAAGCCCCACAGGGCUGCAGGGUAGGGUCAGCUGGGCCUGGACAAGUGAUGGGACUACUCCGAGCCUGUUUCCCCAUCUUGAAAUGGGCUGCCACCACUACCUCAUAAGGUUGUGAGAAGCACCUCGUAGAGCACUGGGCACACAGCUGAGCUCAAUAAACAGCGAACACUCA